AUGCGGUUCGAGAUGACUGACAGCGGCAAGUGCACGUUCGCAUUGGGAAUCGAGCUUGUGGACAACAUCGACGGUGUGACAAUGUGCCACCGACGAUACGUGGACGAAGUCCUCAAGCGUUUUGGCAUGAGUGAUUGCAAGGCCGUCAUCAGCCCAGCGGACAUUGGUUCUCGAGUCACACAUAGCGACUCAGCAACCAACAAGAUCAACGCUCCGUUUCGUGAGGUAGUAGGUGCUUUGAUGGACUUUAUGAUCGCCACAAGACCGGACAUUGAUCUUGCUGUGGGCUACGAUUCGCGCUUCAUGGAGAACCCCCAACUCGAGCAUUAA